UUCUAUAUAAUAAAUAUUAUUUUAUUUGUGUAAACAGUUGGCGAGGGAAGCAGUGAUAGAGCCUGGUGGAGGUGGUAGGAGGCUCUCCAUGUUUCUGCUGGUGGAGCAGGCAGUUCAGCAGCCAUGGUGGAGGAGAGACUGCAGAAUAGUGUGCUUCAGAGCUGGAGAUUAAACCUGUAUUUUGUUAGGUGUGCAUAGCUUUGUAGGAACAUGCAGGCGCUGGAUGACUGUUGUUAUUCUAACCCUAGCCAGCUCUAUAGAGUUGACUAUGUCAUAUUUUGGAGGAGUUGUUUGCUGGAGUUGCAGAGCCAGUCCGACGGGUUUGGAGCUGGAGUUCGAGCCAGGAUCGGGCGGAAGGGAGGUAGCUGUAAGAGCCGGGCCGAUCGGUGCUGGACUGGGGCUGUCCACAGAUGACCAGGGCCUGGAGCACCUUGACCGCAGUGGACAGGGGCAGGCGUGGGACCUAAGUCCCUGGAGAAGAACAGGAAACCAGUAGGCUCCAGCAGAAGAACAAAGUUCCCCAGCUGCCUUCCGGGACCUGCAUGCUGCCACAAGCCCGGGACUGCUUCUGCCUCCUCCAGGACUGCUGCUCCCCCCCUUGUCUCAGACCCUCAUGCGAGCACAUUGCCCUGGAUGCAUCCACAUAAAGGAGCUCUCUAUCUGAAAUAGAAAGAGCCGAGAAUCAUCUUAAUUAGAGCUGAGGGGAGAGUGGUGGAAGCUCUGCUGAGACGAAUUGGUUGGAAUAGGAAGCUGUGGUUGUUGUGGUUGGAGCCCAUCGGGCUAUGGAUCAAGUUCAGAGGACAGGAGAUCCGGGCCCCUCCGAUCCCGACAUGAAAAGCAAAGGGCUGGAGAGCACCGAGAACAUUCCUAGCAGCAAGAGGAGGACAUCAGAGCUGCCCAUGGCUUAUCCAGGAUAUUCCCAGGAUUCCCAGGAUCGUCAUGACGGUACCAGUAAUGGAACAGGCAGGUUACCCCAGUUGGGGCCAGUGGGCCAGUCCCCCUAUGCCAGUGCUCCCCCACUUUCUCAUACCCCCAAUACUGACUUUCAACCGCCAUAUUUUCCUCCACCGUACCAGCCCAUAUAUUCCCAAUCACAAGAUCCAUAUUCCCACGUUAAUGACCCCUAUAGCCUCAAUUCUCUCCAUGCCCAACCUCAACCUCAGCAUCCAGGAUGGCCAGGACAGAGGCAGAGCCAGGAGUCCAGCCUAUUGCACACUCAUCGGGGGCUACCACAUCAACUGUCUGGCUUGGACCCACGCAGGGAUUACAGGCGGCAUGAAGACCUUCUGCAUGGGCCUCAUGGGCUAGGCUCAGGAAUUGGAGACAUCCCCAUCCACUCCAUACCUCACACAAUGGAAGAUGUCUCGCACAUAGAAGACCAAGGUAUCAACAUCCCAGAUCAGACUGUAAUUAAGAAAGGGCCUGUCUCAUUGUCUAAAUCCAAUAACCAUGCAGUGUCGUCCCUCUCUCUCAACAAAGACAAUCUCUUCGGUGGAGUAGUGAAUCCCAAUGAAGUUUUCUGCUCAGUUCCUGGACGACUGUCUCUUCUAAGCUCCACAUCAAAGUACAAGGUGACAGUGGCAGAAGUACAGAGAAGGUUGUCCCCGCCCGAGUGCCUGAAUGCUUCUCUGCUGGGUGGAGUGCUCAGGAGGGCGAAAUCUAAAAAUGGUGGCCGAUCACUGAGAGAAAAAUUAGAUAAGAUCGGAUUAAACCUUCCAGCUGGGAGGCGUAAAGCUGCUAAUGUCACAUUGCUGACAUCCUUAGUGGAGGGUGAAGCUGUCCAUCUAGCCAGAGAUUUUGGCUAUGUUUGUGAAACGGAAUUUCCCGCAAAAGCAGUAGCCGAAUAUGUCAACCGACAACACUCAGACCCCAAUGAGCAAGUGACCAGGAAAAAUAUGUUACUAGCCACAAAGCAGAUUUGUAAAGAAUUCACAGAUUUAUUGUCACAGGACAGAUCCCCUUUGGGUAACUCUAGACCAUCCCCAAUUCUGGAACCAGGUAUCCAAAGCUGCCUGACACACUUCAACCUCAUCUCUCAUGGAUUUGGCAGUCCAGCAGUAUGUGCAGCCAUCACUGCCCUGCAGAAUUAUCUCACCGAGGCACUGAAAGCAAUGGACAAAAUGUACCUCAAUAACAACAACCACACAGACAACAGCAAAGGGGGUGACAAAGAUGAAAAGCACAGGAAGUGACCCAGCCUCCCAUCAUUUCUACCCCCUUGACCAUGCUUGUGUGCUGGCUUCUUGUCCAGUGGGGCAAAGAGAGGAAGACCUAUUGCCAUCCCAACUCCGGAGAAGGAAGGCUCAGCCACCGAAACGUUGUCCAUUCCUUUUUAUUGUCUCUUGUUUGGAUUAUUAAUGGAACAGGCAAUGGAGCCAGGAAAAGUUUUGUCUUUAGUGUUUGGACAUUUUGUAAGAAAACUUUUUUUUUUUUAAAGAAACAAUUUCUUGUUUAAUAUAUAUAAAUCUAUCUAUAUAUAUAUGAGAGUCAUCGAACUGAUCACCACCUUCCCUUACGCUGAUGCUUCUUCAGAUGAGAUUGUAGCCCUAGUAAGAAAGGCUGCGGAUGACAUUAUCAGUAUUGUGAAUAAACUUGA